AUGGGCCACUCGUGUAUGGGCGUGGUGGGCGCGCUGUGGGGAAGAGAGGUCACAACGGGAUUCUGGGGGGAGGCUCAACCAGCCCCGGCGUCUCUACCCCAUCGCAUUGUAGUCCUCGGCGUUGUCCUGUUCUGCAACAGUUGGGCGCCUAGGCGUUCUUCUCUUGCUCUCUACAACAGCAAGAACAUCAUUGACAAGGGAAAGCAAGGGAAGAUAGAGUGCGCAAUUGAUUCACCAUCCCAGAAGAUGGUCCCAGGUUUCCGAGCUGCCGCUUUCGCGGCCUUGUUUAGUCUUUUUGGGGAAUCAUCUGCAAUUAUUACGCGGUCAGGGUCUCCUCAAUGCACCCAUCUAUCCCCUGGUCCGGGGUGUACUUCAGCAACCAAGGAGCAUAUGCCUGCCCUUGCCUUCGGCCCCCUAGCCUUCAUUGGAGGUAUCGGGGUGUCUCCCAACAAUUCCCAGCAGGUACAGAGUGCAGCAGUCGAAGGAGAUAACAGGCCGACCUCUCCUGCCUUACCACACCGCCGGCUUCGUGUGGCUUCGUCAGGCGCCAAACUGGAAGAAACAGGAACUGUCGGGGAGUGCUCCGGUCAUGUUACGCCUUUCAAGCUGUUUGGUUUCGGCGCGUUGUUCUCCUACGGCGUGCUGCAUGCAUGCAAUGUGGAUAUGCUGUACUUUAAUUGCGGGUGGGGAUAUGCGGAACGCAGCUUGAAGGUCUCCGCUGGUGUGCGCUGCUGCUCCUCUGCUGUGCAGCAGCCCAUGCUGAGAGAGCCUGCCUCUGCAGGAGGGACUUCAGACCGCAUUGGACGGGCGCUGGCCUCUAUGAGGAAGGCCUUCAACGAAGGGGUUGCGGGUGGUGGCCUUCGAGGAGGCGCGCGAGGCGGUGCGGCAGGGGGUGGCCUCAGGGGCAAAAGGCUCUCCGAGCCCAAGCAGCCGGCACUUCCAGUUGGGAGCGAUAUAUUGGAGGGGCUAGAAGGGGAGGAAGAUGACGAGGAAGACGAUGACGACGAGGGGGACGAGGAGCUGGAUGAUGAUUUAGACGACGGUGAUGAUGACGACGAUACUGAGGAUGAUGCGGGUUAUGCCGAUGAGGACUACGACCCAAUCGCACCAAGAGGACCCCUAGAGAACAAUAACUACGGGGAGGUCUGGUUGCCUAUUCAGUCUCGCCCUCGCCGCAACCGCAAGAAUCACGCCACUCGUCGGCUCGUGCAAGAGAGCCUCGUGAAGCCUUCCAGCUUGAUAUAUCCGCUUUUCGUGCACGACGAGGAGCGCAGCGAACCAAUCCCUUCGAUGCCAGGGCACCGGCGGCUGAGUCCUGCAGACGUGCUAAAGGAAGUAGAGGAGGCCCGCCGCUACGGUGUGAACGCUUUUAUGCUGUUCCCUAAGGUGGACAGUGACCUCAAGAGUCCCAUGGGGGAGGAAAGCAGCAAUCCAGACGGUCUCAUGCCUCGCAUUAUCAUGGCAGUCAAAGACGCCUUCCCAGAUGCUUUGGUGCUGGCCGACGUUGCGCUCGAUCCCUACACCACUUCGGGCCAUGAUGGUGUCGUCGACGAGGAGACUGGAGAUGUGCUUAAUGACAUGACGGUGUACCAGAUAUGCAAACAAUCCGUCAAUUUGGCGCGGGCGGGAGCGGAUAUGGUUUGCCCAAGCGAGAUGAUGGAUGGGCGGGUGACGGCAAUUCGUGAAGCGUUGGACAUGGAGGGAUGCGUGGACACAUCGAUCUUAUCAUACGCGUGCAAAUACGCCUCUUCGCUCUACGGGCCGUUCAGGGAUGCUGUGGGGUCCAAAAUCCAAGGGGGUGUGGAUAAGAAAACCUACCAGAUGGACAUCUCCAAUGCCUUGGAGGCCGAACGCGAGGCUGAGCUGGAUGUCCAGGAGGGGGCCGACAUGCUUAUGGUAAAACCUGGGACGCCUUACCUUGACGUACUGCGUCGUGUCCGCCAGAAGACGAACGUUCCCCUCGCUGCUUACCAGGUGUCUGGGGAGUAUGCGAUGAUUAAGGCAGCUUCGGAGAAGGGUUGGAUUGAUGAGAAAGCCACCGUUCUAGAAACGCUGAAAGGUUUCCGGAGGGCUGGAGCUGAUGCAAUCGCGACGUACUACGCUAAGGAUGCGGCCAAGUGGAUGGCGGAGGACUGCAAAGGCAGCAAUAGCUUUACUGAGCCUUGUGUCUGCUGCAAGCAGCUAUUGAACAGCUGGGGCAGCAGCUGGGGAGGAGGAAACAGCAGGCCCGACAAGGUCAGGUUUGCGUCAUCCCUCACUGCACCGCGGGGCGCCCCGGCCUUUCCGUUGCCUCCUCCGGGCGGCGGAUGCUACAGGAUUGAAGGGCGAAGGCGACUGCUCUCCUCGGGUUCAGUAGACAGAAGGGGGAGUCGGUUGCUCGCUUCGAAUUCCCCUGAGGGGAAGCUUCAGGGAACUAAGUGGUCCCUUGAGGAUGUAGGAAAUUCCUCCACUUUCCGGCUGCCGACGACGCCUCUGCCACGUCAUCCCUACCUGCAGCGGCGAGUGCUGGAUUCUGGCUUGGAGGUGUUCGUCUUGCCGCAUGCGCAUCCAGAAGGCAGCUUAGAGGUGCACUUGGAGAUGCAUGCAGGUAGCACAGCGGAAGCAGACAAUGAGCGGGGCAUGGCGCAUCUUUGCGAACAUCUGGUCUUUAUGGGAAACCGAAGACGGGGAGAAGUCGUGGCACUGCAGGGCGAGGCCAACGCUUUCACGGAUUUCCAUCACACCGUAUACUUUGUGAGCUGGCGAGGCGGUGAAGGAAGCGGCUCGGACGGUCAGAAGGCUGGAAGAGGAGAGGAGCAACACACUGCAGUUCGCAGACUCAGGGCAGCGCUCGAGAUGAUGCGAGAAGUCUUCACGGCCCCCACCCAGUUCACCGCCGAGAGACUUCUCAAGGAGAAGGCUGCAGUGCUUUCGGAAUCCUCCUUAGUGAACACAAUUUUCUACAGAAAGGAACAGGCGCAGUUAUCCAAGCUGCAUAGCGACACCAGCCUUCCUUGCCGUUUCCCCAUCGGGGACAUGGGGCUCCUGCGCAGUUGGAACAUUGAGGAGGUGCGCAAGUUUUUCGCUCGAUUCUACCGUCCAGAAAACGCCACGCUGUACAUUGUUGGAGAUGUGGCUGCACAUGCGACUCUCCGGUAUGUAGACGACAUCCUCGGGCCUGUUCAGGGGGACAAGGCAGGCGAAGAGGAGUGGCAAACAGUUCGCGAUCUGUGGCUUCAGAAGACUGUUAAGAAAGAUUCUGUCUUCUUCCCUCCUUUGGCGCACGCCUGGAUUGGGGAAAACAUGACUGUAGAUGCUGUAGAGAACCCUGAAGGUUCUCCGGGCUCUGUCGGGAAGAAGAUAGACCGAAGUGCUACUUCUCCCACGUCUCUUGAUAGUGUGUUGAAGUCGCGGCUGCAUGUGUGGCAGCACCCGCUACUGCAGCACUUCUCCUUAAUCUUCCUCCGUAAGCUUCCUAUAGCCGCCAUGCACACGCAGGCCGAUUUCUUCCGGCUCCUGGCGCGCAAGCUUGCCCUGCAAGCCCUUGCCGUAAGACUUACAGAGCGGUGUCGCCGAGAGGAUGACACGUGGAUGCGGGUAGAGGUUACCGACACGGAGUCCGUCAAGGAAGGUUGCCGCAUUGUCAGUGUGGAGGCGGAGGCUGAACAAAAGCGCUGGCGAGAUGCUGUACGCGUCGCCGUUGAAGAGGUACGCCAAAUGGCGACGCAUGGCUUGAGCGAAGCGGAGUUGGCAAGUUUGGUUGACUCGUACAAGGUUAACCUCGACCGCAUGCACAUGCAGCUGCUGUCGUCAGCAGACAUGCUACGGCUGCUCAUGGACAGCACCGCUUGCGGUCAUCGCGUAGUGCACCUUGAGGACGAACGGGGUCUUGCCUUGCAACUAGCCAGGGGUGAACUGGGCUCCUCGUCUAACGCAGGCGAUGCAAGGGGAGGGGGAGGGACAGACGCCCUCGGCUCGGAGAAGAUGAGGCAGCUGCUCACCCUAGUAAACGAAGAGGCGCGGGUCAUGCUCAAGUGGAUGCACGGAACCAUCGAGAACGACGGAAAGUACAGCGGGCCUGACGCCGUCUGUGCGUUCCUCGUUCAGUCAGGAGGUCCCCGCAACAAAGGCAACAGCUGCCCGCCCCAAAGAAAGCGCUUUCCUUCAACACAGCUGCAGGGCCACAUCGAAAUGGAGCAGAUGGAUACGGGGAUUUCCAACGUGGAAUGCUCCCCCACCUUGAAGAACUCAGAUGGACAGAAAGACGGCGAAGAUAACCAAGCAAGGCUUGCAAUCCCGCAGGAAUUUAUCCUUGGAGAAAUCUGCGACGCCAUGACCCGUGCUGUCCCAUCAAAGAGAGAGGGAGUUGAAACCCCGAAGUACUUGUUAACAAGUGAGGAGUUGGCGGCCUUACGACGCCGAGCGGCGGAAAGCUCCCCAGCAACCCAGAUGCUGACGGAGGCAGGGCCGAACGCGCAGACCUUACAAUUUGCAAACGGCGUGAAAGUCAAUGUGAAGCCAUUGGCCGAGGAGCGCGGGUCUGCACUGAUUCGCGUGUUGAUACCUGGCGGCCGGCUGGGCUCCAAGGUGGAUAUCGCAAAGAGUGUCCCCCAAAGUAGAGAGGUCGAGGACUUGAGGCAACACAGCGCCGCAAUGGUGGUGGGGGCGAUGACAAUGAUGGAAGGGGGUGCAGUGGGCCCCUUCACUCGCCAACAAAUUGAAGCUUUCUGUCAGGAGAGGUUGAUCGGAGUCAGCAUUGAGUGCUUGGACGAGUUUUUUGCCAUUGACAUCAGCGUGCCGGCCUUUGCGGCCCGCGAUGCUGACUCUGACAAAACUGGCCACCCUCUGAGAGCAUCAACGCUGGAAAGUGCUAUGCAACUUCUUCACCUGAUUUUCAAUGCCUUUCGUUUUGAAGAAUCUGCGUUUCGCCGAGCGAAGCAACGCGCCCUCAUGGAUUACCAUGCAUACACUCGAGAUCUGGUGGGCUACUCCCUGGGGGAGCUAAUUCUCAGCAUGACCGGGAAUGAUCCGCGCUUUGACUCGCUGAAGCCAGCGGUGACUGCACGUCUGGAGUUGCCGUUUGUGGAGGAGCAAAUCCGUUCCCACAUCAAGCGGCAGCUGGACCGGGGAGAAAUUGAAAUUACGGUCGUAGGUGACGUUGACUCCGCACAUGUCGCCAGAUUAGCAGCGAGGUACUUGGGUACGAUUGGGCCUGCUAACAUCAACAGGGUGGGAUCGCCGAAGGGGCUUCCCUCUGUAUCAGGCGUACAAAGAUUGCUGCAGUCUCCCUACCACCACCUCCAAGAACGUUCUACGAGCGCGGUGGCUCAGGAAUGGAGUUUAUCGCCAGAUACGAAGGAGGCGCUUUCGGCAGGCCAUUGGACGAAGGUUUGGGGAAGGCGGCUACAUGCCUACGUGAGGGACAGCGAGGCACGUGCUGUGGUCCACAUAGGAGGCUUCGCGUGUAAUCGGUGGGGCAGGAACCCAAACGGGUCGUGGAUAUGGGACGAAAUGGAAGCCCUACAGCGGAAGGAUGACUCGGUUGCCGAUCAAAUGGAGGGUAGAAUAGCCGAAAUGAGGCAGCACGCGGCAGGCAGCGAGCACCGAAAGCACCCAGCCUUCCCCCGAGUGGCCUUGUGGAUUCUGCAAGAGCUUGUUACCAAGCGCCUUUUCUCAAUUUUGCGAGAGGAGCAGCGGCUAACAUACGAGGCAGCUUUUGAUGUCAUGUCCUUUGACAUUUUGUGGGGCGGCAUCUUCAUUAUUACGGUCCACACACAGCCGGAAGAGGCAGAACGCGUCCUAGAGGCUACGCAUCUGGCGCUUCAACAGCUCACGAGCAUUCGACCUCUGUUACAGUCACAGCUUGAUGGCGCAAAACAACAGGUACUCAGCCGUCACCUGCAUGACCGCAAAUACGCACGCUACUGGCUCGACCUCCUGGGAGGCCUACAACUAGCCGAUGUUCCUCGUAAAACCCCUUCAUACUUUUCGGAGCUUGAACGGGUUGUGAAAAGCAUUACUAUGCAAGACAUUCACUUGCUCUUGCGAUCGCUUGGUCUCCGUCGGGAGAGUAUGUGGGAGGCCAUCGGAGUCUCUGGUCCCGUUCCUCCAGCGGCUCUUUCUCGCCCACCCAACUGGAUCGUAGAGGACCCUGUCGGUUCCCUUUCGAGCAGGCCGCUGCGCGCUUCGGAAAGUAGUCAUGCUAUCCCUCAGCGUACUUGA